GUUUAAUACAGCGCACCGAAUAAGAGCAGAGUCGCAUAAAGUGAGACUACUCUUCGCGCAGUGACUAUGCCGUUCGCACCGUUGUCAUCCGUGCAAGAGCUCCAGCAGCAGUUAACGAUAUGUAGAAACGAAAUAGCCAACUUGCGAACCAAGCUUCGGGCAAUGAGCGCUCAAUUUAACCGACAGUGCAAGGAAAUCUUGCAGGCAUUGGAAGUUCGAAGUGGAACCAUCGAAACGAUGCCUAAUCAGCUGCGAGACUGCGAAUCAACGAAUGGCAACAGUUUCACGUUCCAGCCCAUAGGAUACAUUCGUACUGCAUUCCCCUUCAAGAAUGGAACACCUCGUCAAGGUUGCAUUUGCCCCAACAGCAAGGCAGUUCUGACAUUGGAGAAACGAGUUUUCACUUGCCCCGAACAUAGCCUGGAGGGGCUUGACAAGUUUUCUCACAUAUGGCUACUUUCGGUGUUUGACCGCAAUACCAGGAAGGAAGGCUCAGGGAAGUUUACAUACAGAAGCAAAGUACAGCCACCCCGCCUAGGUGGCCAGACCUGGGGUGUCCUUGCCAGCCGUUCCCCACAUCGACCCUGUCCCGUGGGGCUGACACUAGCCCGGUUGCUCUCGAUCGAAGGUGCUGUGCUGCACCUUUCUGGAGUAGACCUUGUGGACGGGACGCCAAUCCUCGACAUUAAACCCUACUUGCCUCAGUACGACAGCCCUCAGCAGGAGACUGACAAGGCGCCAGAUGUUCGAUGGGCCAACUGGAUCAAGGAGGCUGCAACACUGACAGUGGACUUCACCCCCAAGGCCAGAGAACAGCUCUCCCGUUUUCACGGGCGCAACAGCCACCCCGCUUCAGAAUCUCGCUGCUCAUGGUGUUUGCAGCAUUUUGAAGACUACAACGCUGCAGCCAGAGCACUGGAAUGCCUUCUGAAGGCAGACCCACGUUCCAUCCACCGCAAGGAGAACUGUUCAGACAGGCUGUAUUACUGUGUAUUGGACAGCAUUCAUGUUACUGCGUGGUUUGAUGAAGGACGAGGAGAGGUCCUGAAAGUAAGACCUCGUGCAGAAGGGGAAGGAGAGCAGUCUGUUGGCACCCGUUAGCUACCAAAACACGUUAUUAAAAAGCUGCGAAAUGUAAA